CCUCCCGCCCCUCCCCCUCCCCCUCACACCGCCGGCGCCACGUUCUCUCCUCCCCUCAUCGCCUCACACCCGGCGCGCUCCCGUGCAAGAACGCCCCCCGUCCGCACGCGCCCAGGCGUUCCCGCCUUGUGCGUCGCGCGUGCCCGCGUCGGGCGGGAGCGAGCGAGCGAACUUCACCCUACCCACCGUCCGUGCCGAGCCGAGCUGCCCCCCCCCCCUUCAAAUCAGAGUUGCAUGUCCCUGGACCAAGACCCCGAGCCGAGCCGCGCCAACCACUCCUCAUCCCAUCCCAGGUCUUCAGCAUCUCCUCUCCUCUUCAUCGCACUCUUGCAUCUGUCCCUCCCUCCCCAAAUCACACAGGCCCCUGCAACCCCCAUCCCUAUCUCACCCACCUCCAUACCCCCUACUCUCCAUCGCACCUUUGCCCCCUCCCUCAAUUACCGAGGUCCUUGCCAACCACUCCUCGCUGCACCCAGGACACUACGAUUUUCUCCCCAUCGCACUCUUGCCUCCCCCUCCCAAAAUUAACCAGAUCCUUGCAAACCCCCUCCUCAUUUCAUCCAGCAUCUUGCCAACCCCUCUUCAUCUCACCCUCGACCCUAUCCUCCUCCCCGUCACACGCCUGCCCUCCCAUUUCAUCCAGGCUUUUGCAAACCCCUCCCCAUCUCAUCUAGAUCUCUCCCCAUCUAACCUAGUUCCCUACCGUCUCCUCUUCAUCGCAUCAUUGCCCCCCCCUCUUUAAAUUACCCGGGUCCUUGCCAACCACUCCUCAUUUCACCCUCGUCCCUAGCCUCCAUCUCACUCUUGCCAUCUCCUCCCCUAUCCAUUUCACCCAGUUCCCUGGAACCCCCUCCCCAUCUCACCCAGAUCCUUGCCAACUAUUCCUCAUCCCACCCAGGUCCCUACCUCUCCAUCGCCCAUUUGCCUACCCCCCCCCCAAAUUACGCGGGUUCUUGCCAACCCCUCCUCAUCUCACUAGUCUCUCCCCUUCGCAUUUCACCUAAGUACUUGCCCGCCCCACCCAAACCCUUGCACGCCCCUCUACAUCACUCCCAAACCCUUGCCCGCCCUACCCAAACUCACCCAUACCCUUGCCUCCCCUCCCCGUCUCACCCAAGUCCUUGCCAACACCCCCUCUCCCCAUCUCACACCCAGGUCCUUGCAAACCCCACCCCAUCUCAUCUAGGUCCCCUCUCCUCUCCAUCGCACUCUUGCACUCCCCUUCCUAAAUCGCCCAGCACCUUGCAAGCUCCUCUCCAUCUCGCCCACAUCCCUCCCCUCCUCAUCUCACCCGUCCUUACCGACCCCUCCUCAUUUCAUCCAAGUUCUUGCAAACUCCAUCUCAUCCACGUCCCUCCCCUUCCCAAUUCACACCCAAGGUCCUUGCCAACUUCUCCCAAUCGCACACCCAGGUCCUUAACCCUCCCCAUCUAACCCCCAGGUCUUUACAAAUUCCUCCCCAUCUUACUUCCAAUUCUGUGCCAACCCCUCCCCAUCUCACACACUCAGGUCCAUGUAAACCCCUCCCCAUCGUGCACCCGUGUCAAUGUAAACCCCUCCCCAUCUCCUUGCCAGCUCCUUUCAGCUCCGCGUUUAAACCCUGCCGGGCUGGUACGGGGUGGUUGGGGGGGACACAGUCUGUGGGACCUUGUGCUACAAUUCUGCCCCCGUCCCCACACACACACCGGCGCCGAGCGGCGCUGGUCCGCUGUCUACCCCAUCCUCCUAUCCCGAGGCGGGCUGGUAUUUGUACCCUCCCCAUACGUUCACACCAGCAUAGAGAGCCGAGCCCAGAUCCCACCCCUUCCAGUACAGAGCCGGCACUCCAACCGAGCCAGUCCAGAGACACAGUCUUUUAAAUAUAUAUUUAGAUAUAUUUAUAGGUGGAUAGGGGGGGUGGGAGGGGUAAAAAACCCUCAACAAUCCCAGUGUUGCAUUCGUUGCAUUGUUUUUUUAAUGAAGAAGAAUUGCUUUUUAAAAGAAAACUCAAUGUGAGUCUUGCUCCUGUCGGGACCGUCAACGACUCUUAGUCUUUGGAAGAUUUAUUAUAAAAGCUUGCAAGCAGAAAAAAAACGGCAUGCUGGAUUUUAAAAGGAUUUAUCACCUUAUCGUGCUGUCAACUUUCUUGAUUCAGGUUACGUUUGCAAAGGGCUAUUUCGAGAUCAAGUUUAACUUCGUGCAAAACGUUAACGGUGAAUUGGAGAACGGGGAUUGCUGCGACGGCGUCAGAAAUUCCCUGGAUCGGAGAUGCACCAAAGACGAGUGUGACACCUAUUUUAAAAUUUGUUUGAAAGAAUAUCAGGCACGCAUCGCCACUUCUGGAGAUUGUACUUUUGGGAGUGGAUUAAGCCCUGAGCUGGGGAAAAAUACUUUUUCUCUCCCGGAGAAAAGCGCACUCGGAAAAAUAGUUAUCCCCUUUUAUUUUGCGUGGCCGAGAUCAUAUACAUUAAUUCUGGAAGCCUGGGAUCAGGACAAUGCAACAUCUGGUGAAGGGCAGCUCAUCGAGCGGUGUGCUCAGACGGGGAUGAUCAACCCAGGAGGUUCAUGGAUGACUUUCCAGCACAACGGGGCGGUGUCCCACUUUGAGUACAGCAUCCGCGUGAGGUGUGAAGACCACUACUACGGCACCGGCUGCAAGAAGCUCUGCCGGCCCCGCGAUGACUUCUUCGGCCACUCGCUGUGCGACCAGAAUGGGAACAAGAUCUGUAUGGAAGGCUGGAUGGGCGAUGAGUGCAAGAAAGCUAUAUGUAAGCAGGGCUGUCAUUCGAUCCAUGGAGAAUGCGUUGUUCCUGGGGAAUGCACGUGCUUGUAUGGAUGGCAGGGACAGUUCUGUGACGAGUGUAUCCCAUACCCAGGCUGUGUCCACGGGACGUGUGUGGAGCCGUGGAAGUGUAACUGCGAAACCAACUGGGGAGGUCUGCUGUGUGACAAAGACUUGAAUUACUGCGGGACGCAUCACCCCUGCAUCAAUGGAGGGACUUGCAUGAACACUGAACCCGAUGAAUACCAAUGCGCAUGUCCCGAAGGAUAUUCUGGCAAGACCUGUGAGAUCGCCGAGCAUGCGUGUGUAUCCAACCCGUGUGCAAAUGGGGGCACCUGCCACGAGAUCCCCACCGGCUUUGAGUGCCAGUGCCCUGCGGGGUGGAAUGGGAACACCUGCGCCAUCGAUAUCGAUGACUGUGCAUCUACUCCGUGUGCCCACAGUGGAACCUGCAUUGAUCGUAUCAAUGGGUUUGAGUGCAUCUGCCCGGGGCAGUGGAUCGGGAAGACCUGUCAGCUGGAUGCUAAUGAAUGUGAGGUGGAGCCUUGCGUUAACUCUUACCCUUGUAGAAAUUUGAUUGGUGGAUAUUACUGUGACUGCCUCCCAGGAUGGUCUGGACAGAACUGUGAUCUACACACUGAGAACUGCCACGGACAAUGCCAGAAUGGAGCCGCGUGCAAGCCGGACGGCAUGCACGGUUACCAGUGUGUCUGCCCGCGUGGGGUUGUCGGCAGGAACUGCGAGAUUGACAUCAACGAGUGUGCCAGUCAGCCCUGUGUGAACAAGGGUCGGUGUCAGGACCUGCUGGGGGGCUUCCACUGUCAGUGCGAGCGUGGUCACACCGGGACCUUCUGCGAGAAGAAGAUCAACUACUGUGAUCCCAGCCCCUGUCAGAACCACGCCAAGUGCUACGUGCUGGGUAACGAUUACUACUGCGCCUGUCCGGAGGACUACGAGGGGAAGAACUGCUCACUGCUCAAGGAUCACUGCCGAUCUGUGCCCUGUCGAGUCAUUGACAGCUGCACAGUGGCGAUCUCCAGCAACAGCAGUCAGGACGGCUUCCGCUACAUCUCGUCCAAUGUCUGCGGCCCCCACGGCACCUGCAUCAGCCAGCCGGCAGGGAACUUCACCUGUGCCUGCAACCGCGGCUUCACCGGCACCUAUUGCCACGAAAAUAUCAACGACUGCACUCAGAACCAGUGCAUAAAUGGAGGCACGUGUAUUGAUGGAGUGGACUCCUUUGCUUGUAUCUGUCCUGAUGGAUGGGAGGGCGUGUUGUGUGAGAUUGACAUCAACAAUUGCAACCCUAACCCCUGUCUCAACGGAGGCCACUGUGUGGACAGGCUGAACGACUUCCACUGCGACUGCACCAACAACUGGAAGGGGAAGACCUGCCACUCCAGGGAGAGCCAAUGCGAUGAGCGGACGUGUAGUAACGGGGGCACCUGCCACGACGUGGGAGACACCUUCCGAUGUGCCUGCCCUCCAGAGUGGGCUGGCUCCACCUGCAAUCUCGCUAAGGACAGCAGUUGCAUCCCGAAUCGUUGCCAGAAUGGUGGGACGUGUGUGGGAAGUGGCGACUCCUACACCUGCGUGUGUAAAGAGGGAUGGGAAGGACAGAGCUGCACGCAGAAUAAGAACGACUGCAACCCUCAUCCAUGCUACAAUGGAGGCAUCUGCGUGGACGGUGUGAAUUGGUUUCGGUGUGAAUGCGCUCCAGGCUUUGCCGGGCCCGACUGCCGAAUCAACAUCAAUGAAUGCCAGUCAUCCCCUUGUGUUUAUGGAGCUACUUGUGUCGAUGAGAUAAAUGGCUACAGGUGCAUCUGUCCUGCAGGAAGAGCAGGUCACAGAUGCCAAGAAGUUAUUGGAUUUGGCAAGUCGUGUUUCACGUCGGGACAGUUCCAUCCUCACGGACUGCGAUGGGAUCAAGAGUGCAACACCUGCCAGUGUUUGAACGGCAACAUCAACUGCACAAAGGUGUGGUGCGGCCAGAAGUCUUGCCUGUUGCACGAUCUGCCGGGUCAUGAGAACUUCCUUUGCCCGGAGGGGCAGGUGUGCCGGAUCAGCCCCUGGAUGAAGUGCUUCUCCCCUCCUUGCACCGACUGGGGAGUGUGUAACCCCACCAACACUCUGCCCGUCCACGCCAAAUGCCAGCCGGACAGCGGGCAACUGGACAACAACUGCGCCAAGAUCACCCUACUCUUCAACAAGGAGAAGGUGCCAAAGGGCAUCACGGUGGAAUACAUCUGCUCGGAGCUGCGGUACCUCCCGGUGCUGCGUGGCCUGUCCACUGAGCGGCCCUUGUUUGUAUUGUGCGACCUCACCAACACCAGCGACAAUGCGGUGGAAGUGGCCGUGUCGUUUGCUGAGCAAACAGGGGCCCAGGGCCAGGAUGAGGCGCUGAUUCGUGAGGCCGUGACUAAGAUGGUGGACAGCAUCACCAAGCGGAGUAACAGCACCGUGAUGCUGGCGGUCAUCGAGGUGAAGAUAGAGACGGCGUAUGUUCCUCUCUCCCAGCCAGGGUACCUGGUGCCGGCGCUGAGCGUUUCCUUCGGCAUGGUCUGGCUGAUCUGCAUCAUCAUCUGCGUGUGGUGGACGAGGAAGAGGCGUAAAGAGCGGGAGAGAAGCCGCCCGCCCAUGGAGGACACGGUCAACAAUCAGUGGGAGCCCCUCAAGCCCAUCAGGAACCCCAUUGACCACAAGGACAUUCAGUACGAAUGCAAGAACCUGAUGCCCCCCGGCGGACGGACUCUGGUGGUGGGUCAGGAGGGUGAGGAGGAGCCCGAUGUGGACAAGUACCCCACGCAGAGAUGUACAAUCACAUUCAUGCCUGCUAAAGGCGACCUUAAGUCCUCACAGUGUUCCCCAGCCAAGCAGCCACACCGGACAGGAAAGAGAGACAACCGCUGCGUGAAAAAUGUCAAUGCAGCAAUCCAUGAAGGAGGUAAGGACCUCUCUGUAUGAGUGAAGAAGGGGAGGGCGCUUUCAUGCCUACAGAUUUUUUUUCUUAAAACAAAAAAAAAGAGAGGGAGAGAGUAAGAAAGAGAGAAAAAAAUAGAAAGGGAAAGGGGGGUAAAUUGAGAUAGAUUUCUCAUUGAGACGGAAAGCACCGGUCUUCAUGCCCAGUGGCUCUUUCUUUUGGUGUGUGUAUAGAACAUUUAUUUACCAGUGUCUCCUCAAAUCUUGUAUAAAUUAUUUGUGACUUGUCAGGUGUCAAGGUCUCUUUGCCAGUUGCUAUCUUCGUAGUUAAUCUCUCAGUGGAAGUUCACUGAGGGGAGAUGGGAGGGAUGGGACUCGAGGCACCGCAAAUGGGCGAGGAAUUGAGCUUGACGUUUUCUAUUACUACCAAGCGGCCUCUGGGAGCUUCGGAGCAGCCGACUGUUCACGUGCGGCAUCUCGGCUUGUCGCAUUGUGGUGCGUUCUUUAGUAUAUUGUCACCUCUGGGCCGGGACACUCCCAUGGACCGACCGACCGCCACCUCCCGCUCGACCUCUCUGGAGGCCAGCUCUCGGGAUCUCCUCAGCCCCGUUGACAGGGGAAGGAGUUGGAGGAUGUUGCCCCCCCGUCUCACACACACACACAGACGCCCGUGCACAAGUGCGCACACACUCACUCAAUCACUCACACACGCACACUUACAUACACAUUCACACACAUACACUCACACAUGUACCUGGCGGGCAUGCUGCCAUCAGAACUCGCUGCCCCAUCGAUCCUGGCAAAAUUCCGGUUUGCCAUUGAUUUGACGAGUGUGGGGGAGAGAGUGUGAGGAGAGGGAUUUUUGUGCAACAAAGGCAGAGAG